UCGGCCACCUCGUCACUACACUCUGUUUGCUCGCCCAGCCUAUAAGAAAGUCCGCCGGCCGCUCCUGGUACCUCCCGCCCGCCGCUUCUUCUGUGAGAUGGCGCCGGCCGCUCGGCCCGUCCUCGGCGCAACGCGGAGAGAGGCCGCCGCGCGGAGACACAGCAGCCCUGUGCGGGACAGUCGCUGCCGCGCCGGCCUCAUCGCUGCGGCUGCGGGCGGUGCUGGCGAGGGGGAAUACUGAUACGGCAGGCACCUGGCUGAUUCCGCUGGGAUCGCCACGUUGUACGGAGCGCUGGGAGGCGCCAUGCCGUACGGCGGCCGCCAGAGAACGCCAGUCUGCUGUCGUCACGACGGCGAUUUGGCGCGGGGCGCAGGCGCGCCAGGCGGCGGUUAGAUUUGAAUAGCGAAGCGGCGGCGGCCCAGCCCUAUGGGAGCCGGGGGGCCGGGGGGCAGCGGCGGAGCGGAGCGGGAACUGUCUGGAGGAGUGCCCUGGCGGCAGCGGCAGGCGUGAGGGUCCCGUCCAAAGCAGGAGUACUGUAUUUUAUAGGAAAAGCACAUCCUUCAAAAAUGGACAAGAUUUACACAGACCCUAACUUGGAAAAUGAUAAUACAGAGCACAUCAGAGGGAAGCGACUGUCCUCUAUUUUAAAGGCUCCGCGAAAUCCUCUUGAUGAUCUGGGAAAUGGGAAUGAAUUGACGCAGGAUAUCAAUAUAGAAAAACGUAGGAAAAACUCCCGCCGUGUCAGCUUUGCGAAUACCAUAAACUGCAGAGUCUUCCAGCGGGAUCUUAAGAAUAACACAGCAGAGACAGAAAGUACAGAGUGUGCAGCAGAUACGAGGGAUGAUGUCCUGCUUAAUCAAAAUGAAGAACCCGAAGCUGUUCCAUGUGAGAUCACUGGGAUGAACACUUUGCUUCAUGCCCCCAUCCAGGCAUUGGUGCAGCAGACUGAGUGGCAUGAUGCAGACAACGCUAUUCAAAGAACACAUAGGCAUGACACCACCCUCAUCUUUUCAGAUGAAAAUGAAAUGGAGAUGACAGCUAGUCACACUGCAGUGAUUACACGUAACCUGAAAAACAGUCAAGCUGACAAAACUGAGAAAAUAGAUAUCACAUCAUUUCUGGCUGGGUUAAACUCUAACAAUGAAAAGGCAGAAAUGAGCAAAGAAUUUCAUUUCUUCUCUGACCCUACAAACAUUUCGUGCCCAUCUUUUGAACAGAAGGAAGAUGCUACUACUGUAAAAAAAAUAAAUUUCAAUGAAUUUUUGAUGAGCUUGAAGUCAAAUGAAAAGGCACGCAAUCCUAUUGAGGGACCUGAAAAAGAGAAUGUUUUUUUUGUCCCUUCGCAAGUCCCAGAAGACAUGGCACAGUCCUCGGUGGAAUCGGUAUAUUCCCAUGAACCACUGGACACCUGCAAUGUAACAAAAGUCUUUAGAGGGCAAGAUGAUGGAAUGGAAAUGACAAAAUGCCAGGCAUCUAAUGUUAAAGCUAUGUUUUCUGGUAUUUGUGAAGCUCCACCGGAGCAAUUACUGCGUGUGGAUGUUACUGAGGCAUUCAUAGAUGAUGGAAUGGAUAUGACAACUAGUCACACUGCAAAAAUGUCUUUUCCCUUCGUUGGUGUCGAGAAUCAAAGUCUAAACUUCAAAAAGGAUUUCCCAUCCACAGAGUUUGAUAAUUCUAUAUUAAAGAGAGCAUCUAAUCAGCACUUAAUUGUUCAGCAGGACCCUCAAGUUUGUACAGACAAAAAAAUAGUAAAUGUUGAAGACAGACGAGAUCCUACCAUGGUGCGAACUGUUAAGCAAGAGGCCAGAACAAUGUCUGCCAUCCCAGGAUCUGUUUCUUCUGAGACUGUCUUCCGAGGUGAAAAAACUGUUGUGUUUUCUAAAUGCGAUGACAUGGAAAUUACUGGGAAUUAUACAGAUGUAAUCUAUAAUGACAGUGCCAAAGAAAUGAACAGUUCACACCAUAAAACUUUUGGAAAACCAGUUAAUACAAACUGUUCACUAGCAGAAAAGAGACAUCCAGCACAUGGUGACAGGGACACUAUGAAGAGUCUGAUGUCUUUAGAUAAUCGAGCUUCUCUGUCAUAUAAAAAUAGCGCACUUGAACUGUCUUUAGGCUCAGGUGAACGAACUGAAAAAGUGACUCAGGAUCACGGGACUGCUUCAGUGAAUGUUGGCUUUGAGUCCUGUACGAAUUCAGCAUCCAGUGGUGUUUCUAAGGGUAGACUUCAGCACAGACAGGCAAACUCUCAACUUCUUGCUCUGCCAGGUGAGAAGACAGUAAUAUUCUCAGGAGAAGAUAUGGACUUGACUAAAGCCUGUGUUGUCAGGGAUGACGGAAAGAAUGUUGAAAAUGAAUCUCCUGCUGGAGUGUUCAUCUCCGUCACCUGCAGACCUCAUUCUCUUGAUAACACAUCUACAUCUCCCAAUUUAAAUGAACAGGAAGAAAUGGAAAUAACUAAAUGUCAUGCUGUUGUUAUUGAUGAUCAAAGCAAUGGGAUAACUGCAGAAGCAAAACGAAUGCAUUGUAAAAUAAUUCCAAGAAAGAACCAGAACAAAAAUGUCAGUGAAGCUGCAAAUUCUUUAGAUAUAGACAAGGAAAAUCUUGAGGUGAUCAGUAUCAAUGGGAUUAAAAGAAGCCAGGCCAUAGAAAUGAAUACUAAAGAUCUCGAGAUAUUAAUGGUUGAUAAGAAGCUUGGAAACCCAAACUUUCAAAAUGCUUCAGUUUCCUGCACAAAUGACAAACCAGGCAUGUUUUCAGAUGAUCAAAGCAUGGACAUAACCAAAACACAUCCUGCUGCCUUUGAUGUUGCUCCUAUUAAUACAGUACAAGAAUACGAGAAUAAUCGUAAUCAAAAUAAUGUAAUAUCCAAGCAGCUGCAAACCCAGACCUUCCAGUUUUCUGGUAGUUCUGGUGUAGAUAUCACAAGUCAGAGUGCAGCGAUGGAAUGUGGGGAUUUGAAAAUGAACACAAAUAAGCAAGCUGUUACUCCUUUGGCUCCAAAUGGCUCAUUGAUUUCCAGUAAUGAGCCCAUUCCCUCUGGAAUGAAAGGAAACAAACAACUUGGAACAAUAUUAGGAAUAAAUGCAGAUUGCCCAAACUCUGACAGGCAAGAGAAACCCCGUACUAUGAAGUUAGUAAACAAAAUAUUGCCAACUCAGGUAGAUUCUGAGAGACGCUUUUCAAUUGGUAAAACAGUUUCUUCAGAAGUGGAUUUUAAAAAUCCUCUCUCAGCUGACAGCCUGCACUUGAGGGGUGCUGAAGAGCCAUCACUAGCCAAUACGUCUGAACCACAUCAGGGAGGUUCCCAAUUGCCUGCGUUUUCAGAAAAGUCAGUUGUGUUUCCCUCUGGUGAAAACAUGGACUUGACUGGAAACUGUGCGGUAAUGGUUCCUAAUCACAACAUCAAUUCUGUCUUAUCAGAGAGAAAAGCCGUACCUGGAUACCUUGUUCAAGAUGAAAAUAAAAUAAUAUUCUUUAAAAAAGGGGUCAUGAUGACAAUAAAUAGUCAGGAGCAGCCUGCGUGUGAUGCGUACUCCUUGGAAUCUGGCAAGAAAACAUUAACCACGACUGGUUUAAAACAUUUGCCUUUUGCAGGUGAGAAAACUACCAUAUUUUCAGAAGAUGCUGAUAUGGACAUCACCAGAAGUCAUACAGUUUCAGCAGACAAAAUAUUUUUGCAGUGUAAAAGUUCAAAUGAUGACAUAUCCUUGAUUUCUGGAGAUAAAACUUGUAUUUUUACCUAUAACGAUGACAUGGAAAUAAGUAGACUCGAUACUAUUGCAGUUGACAAAUCUGCGGAAAAGGCUGCCUCUCAAGGGAUGCUUAACGUGGCUAAAAGGACUGGAAGGAAAAGCUUGAAGGGAACAACAGGGGAAAAGACUGUUUUAUUUUCACUGAACGAUGAGAAUAACGACAUGGAGAUCACACAGAGCCAUACGGCUGCAAUAGGCCAUGAAAUUGCCUCGCAGAAUGAGGGAGGGCUUCAUUCUGUCUCUUCGGCUCAUCCUGUUAAAACAGCUCUGCUCACAGGUAGCCAGGCUGACAUGGACAUUACGAGGUCUUGCUCUGCUGAUAAAAUGACCGUAAAAGUUGUAUGUGAUGAUAAACUGAACUUGGGUAGGGAAGUUGGACGGCAAGCACUUUCAAAUAGCAAUGCUACUGUGUUUGCUAUGGAUGAUAUGGAGAUCACUGAAACCCACAAUGUAGCUUUGGCAGAAAAUUCCCUGCAAGGUAGGCAACCCAAUCAGCCUGUUCCUUUAACCUCCACAAUAAUGUUUACGAGUUACCAGGCUGACAUGGAAAUGACCGAGUCUCACUCUGUUCAGGGAAGUAUCGAAGGAGGCCUUUGUGAGGACAGAUUACACCUGGCUAGGCAGGUCCGACAGGAAGCUAUUUCGGAUAGCAAAACCGUCAUUUUUACUACGGCUGAGGAUAUGGAGAUCACAAAAACUCCUACAGCUGGUUUCAGUGCUGAAAUCAAUGUACAGGACAGAGUGUCCAUUCCAGCCACUUCUGCAGUUCCUGCUGACAAAACCAUUGUGUUUACCCACAACCAAGAUGAUAUGGAAAUAACUGCAUCUCAUACUAUUGCUGUUAAUAACAAUAUUAAUGGAUUUGCGAACCAAGAAGUGUCACAUAAAAGCACUCAGCGACCAGACUUGCGUAGUGAGUUGUUAUCUUGCACAGAUGAAAUGGAUUCCUCGCAUACAAAAGACCUGCAUGCUGAGUAUCAUACAAAACGUAAGGAUAAGCCCAGCAUUCCCCCUUCUGCUUCAUCAGCCUCAGCAUUUCCUCGUGAGAAAGGAGCUGUCAAAGUCCACAGUGGCACAAUGCCACAUUGCGUUUAUUCUGUCUCACUUCCAGAAGAGACUAUGGAUGUGCGGGCACCACAGGAUCUUGACCUUCCCACGGAUACUUCUGUCCCUGUAAACAGUGAGCAGGAUCUCAUACCGCCAGAAAACCCAAAAUCAAAGAGAGUGUCUUUCAAGCUUCCAAGUAAUGGGCCCAUGGACUGCAGUGAAGAAAGUGGCGAUUUGGUAUCCCGUGUUUCCCUUCCCAUCCAGCAACCAGAUUCUUUGACGGGGUCUCCAGAUGCACAUAGUACUCUGAGAAACCACACAUUGCAAGCUGAUUCAUCUAGAAAUGAAGAUUCAGCUACAGAUUUAAGCUUGGCUGGAGCAAGCCUUGUUACAACUUCUAACAAGGAAUCAAAGGAAAACAAGGGGCUGUCGGCUAAAGGGGAGACACCUCCAAAAGACUUUCAGAUAAACUCUGAACAAACCAAGCAACUUCUGGUUAGUGACAGUCCAAGAGAUCAAAUAGAUCCCACUCUUGCACCUGAAUUAUCAGGUAUCUUAAAUGUUUGUUCAAAACUGAAUAAUAUUAGAAGGAAAUCUGUAGCUCUCUCCAUUUCUGAAACUGCUUUUUCUGACCAGUUGCCCAAAUCAUCAACUCAGCCAGAGAAUACCUUGAAGUUAGGAAAAAAUACUGUAAAUGAACCAAACAAUUCAUUUAACACCAAAGAGCAGGAGAACACGUGUCUUGAAUCUGGAGCUGCUCCCAUGGAUGCAAAUUUGGGCAUGACACUUAAGGGUAAAUAUCAAGGAAUAAAUAUCCCUCUAGGUAUCUUCCAGCCUAAAUUACCCAACAGAAGGACUCCUUCUGUUUCUAGUGUACAAGACAUAAAUGCAAAAUCUUCAGACAAAGGAGAAGCACCACUUUCAGAAGUAAGUGUAAACGCUGGUGAAACCCCAGGUAACCAGAAGUCUAGUAGGCAAAAUUUCAGCCCUUCUCAGUUUAUAGCAGAAGAAUUUCUUCCUGUCUGCCUAGAAGAAAUGGAUUCAAAUGAAUCUGUAAGCUCUGAAUUCGUGGAAAAUGCUUGCAACGAGAUAAGCAAAAAACAAAUCUCCCACAAUGAAAAGAAUCAAUGUGAGGAGACAAAAACUUGCAACAACACAAAAAGAGUUUUGGGACUAGAUGAGGAGGAUCUUCAAAGUCCAAAGAAGCUCAAGAGGGAUGAAAACUUGGAUGGUGAGGCCUGCCAAGGCUUGCAGGUUACACUUGGCGCUGUGUCUCACAGCCAAGUAGAAGUUCAUGAAGGUGAAGAUCCUCCAAAUCUAUCGGCUAAAAGCCCUGAUUGUACUCACGCCAGCACCAGCUGCUCUCUGGAUUCUGUUAAGGCUGACACAGAAUUAACCAUUCAGCGAAGCAGUCAGAUGGAGUCUCAGCUUCUCACAGAUAGCAUUUGUGAAGAUAACUUACGGGAGAAAUUUCAGAGUGGCGUUAUCACGGUUGGGGAGUUUUUUACACUUCUUCAAGUCCAUGUUCCGAUUCAGAAGCCCCGACAUAGCCAUCUUCCAGCCAAUUGUGCUGUCAGCGCACCGCCUACUCCAGAAGACCUCAUUUACAGCCAAUAUGUUUAUCGCCCCAAGCUGCGGAUUUAUGAAGAAGAUUGCCAGGCCCUUUCUCAGAUGAUAGAUGAGUUAAAACAUUAUGCAAAUGUCCAAGAUCAACUCCUGGUGAAUGUGAAUAAGAGUUUGUGGGAAGUAAUGAGAACCUGCUCUGAUGAAGAGCUGAGGAGCUUUGGAGCAGAACUGAACAAAAUGAAAUCCUAUUUCACCAAGGAGAGUAAAAUCUUGGCUCACAAUGAGAAGGUGACGUUGUACAGCAAAUUGCUGCAGAGCGCGCAGGAACAACAUGGAAAGCUACAGUCAAGAAUAGAGAAGGUGGAUGAACUGCUGAAGGAGGCAGAGAGCUGUCUUGUUGCUCUGGAGGAAGAUUCUGACUGGGCAGAACGGGAAGCAGACUGCAGUGAUGAAAUGGCAGCAGGGAAGAACCUAGAGGAAGAGUUGGAAAGCCUCAAAGCCCAAGAAGAGGAACUUCAAAGAGAACUGUCAGAUCUGGAGACUCAGAAUGAGCUAAUGCUUGCUCAGAUGAACGAGCUAAAGGAAAAAGAAAAAAGCUGCCAGGAACUCCUGGAGACAUACAACUUCACCGAGUGGGAGAUUACUGAAUGGAGUGAACAGCAAGCAGUCUUUAAUUUUCUUUAUGAUUCUAUUGAACUCACAGUUGUGUUUGGACCCCCAAUAGAUGGUGAUGUUUUUGGUGAAAAUCCUUCCAGAAAGAUAGCUAGCCUGGACUUUGAAUCUCUCUUAGAUGAGGAGAAAGCUCCACCCUCCUCAUGUUUAGUCCAAAGACUCAUCUUCCAGUUUAUUGAAAGUCAGGGAUGCUGGCAGGAAAAGUGUCCCACACUGUACUACUUGCCCCAGGUUCUUCGUGACGUCUCUUUGGUGGUGAGUCGUUGCAAGAUCUUAGGAGAGGAGAUUGAAUUUCUGGAGAGAUGGGGUGGAAAAUUUAAUCUUCUGGAGACAGAUAUCAGUGACACAACAGUGAAGCUUUUGUUCUCCGCUUCCACAGCUUUUGCCAAGUUUGAGUUGGCCCUGUCUCUAUCUGCUGACUACCCGUCUGCCUCACUGCCUUUUACUGUCCAAAACCAAAUUGGGAAUAUUGGGGAGGAGGAAAUUUCUGCUGUUCUCUCCAAUGUACCAGUUGGUUACCACUAUCUGCGGAGAAUUGUCAGCUUGAUUCAUCAAAAUUUGCUCCAGGACCCCAGAUGAUUCACUAGAUCCACAUGCAGGACUGAAGGAGUCAGACUGGAUAUUCUUUGAUUUUAGUCUUGUAAGAAUUCAAGCUCUCUCUCACCAGAAUGGGAAUGCUGUCAGCUGCUCAGCUCUUUAGUGAUCUUGUCUAAUAACUAGUUGAUAUCCAGGAGGACUGGUGUAGGCCACAAGUUUUUAUAAAAGCAGAGGUUCCUUAGGAGGAGAGGGAAGAAUUUCUUACGUCCUUUAUAAAUCCAAUUUGCCUUUUAUCUUCUUUCAGUCACUGGUGGUGUUGGCCUCCUUGUAUAGUCUUUCCUAGUAUGGAUAUUCUUCUGACGUAGCAUGUUAAUUUUGUUCUGGGUUGAUUUUCGGAGCUCUUGUAUACAACAAUGAUGAGUAUGUUCUAAAUUAACGUGACUGGAAUUUACUUUCACUAUCAUUACUUCAUUCCUGCAUACUUUUUAACAUAUCACAUCACGUUUGAUUGUUACCAGUUUCCUGCAACCCCUCCCAAAACAUAGAAAAUACAGUCCUGCUUCUGAUUAAGCAAAUACCUUUAAUAAUUAACCAGGUGGCCAAAGUCAGAAGUACUUUUGUCAUGAAGACUAAAGAUCCCCGUGCUUGACCAUAGACUUUGCAGUGUAACAGACUCAAAGCCAUCAGGUUCCAUCUGUGAGAUCCUCUCCAACUGCAAGUUCGAUCUGAUAUUCAGUGUCUCUGUCCAGUACAACCCGUCUCUUGGUUCUGGUACAUUGUCUGAGUUUGUAAUGCGUUAGAAUUUUAGUGAGGAGACUGAGCUACUUAAAUGUAGGAGGUAUCUGUAAUAUUGUUGGUGCGGUCCAGAUUGCUUUUGUAUAUAUUCUGUAUAUUAUGUAGGUUGAGCUGUUGUAACCAGCUGUUAGCUGAUCUAACCCAGAUUGAGUUCAUCGUGUAGAAGUGCCUACCGUUUCUCAACUGUCCAGUCUGUAGGCAGGUGCAAAUUUCUGCAUCUCUGUAAAAUAUGUUGAAUUUAAAAAUGUUUUCGUAUGUUUAAGUGUUUAUAUAUUUUUGUCUUUUUACAAUUUUUCCUUCUAUUUGGAAGGUGG